UGAAUAAAGUCAUCCUACAAAAAUAAAUUUACAAAGUAUUCGGGAAAAUAUUUGGAAUUUUUUUUUUAAUGUGGAAAAAGACUACAUUUAGCAUAUCUUAUACCAAAUAGCAAAGUAGCCCUUGGUGGAAACGGUUUGGACACGAAUGAUAAGGAAAAGGCAAACACAUAGAACUACAAUAUAUAACAACAUAUCACCACAAUCCCUAGACAGGCUUGUGCAACUAUACAUGCAACAGUUUAUCUGAUUGAUUGAUUGGGUACACUGCAGAGUUAGUUUUAUGGCUGAUUUUAGAGUCAUAAAUAAUGCUGGUGUUCAUGCAGUGUUAAAAUUUGUACUUUUAUUGUUCAUAUAACAUUUUUGUUACACAAGAACACAAUAAGGCCUCUGCAGGCGUAGAAGCAUGAUGCUGAGUUUUUUCCCCCCCUGACAUAAAUAUGAGAAGGUGACCUUUUUGGAUCCCGGGGCCCUUGCCUGCAGGUUCUACAGUGUAUAUCACUUGGAGCUGAGUGGAUCUACAGCGAUCACUUGUGUCCAAAAUGGGUCACAAACAAAGUCUUUUGAGCAAACAGACAUCCACAGCAGCUCCUCCUCGCAAGUGUGAGUUAUAUGCAACAUGCUCCAGAAAGUAGCAUUUUGUAAUGCUGCUUAUGUAAAGCAUUACAUAAAACAAUGAAGCAAGCCAUGCAACCAAGCCUAUUUGUGUGUGAAUUUAAUGAUUGUCUUUAGCUACAAUGAUAUCUCAGUGGUGUGCCAGUUGUGUGGUGUAAAAAAAUCAUGCGUGUAAAAAGGUAAGAGUUGUGUGUUUGUUGUGUUUGCAGUGUCAGGCUGCCAUUCACUGUAAGAGGUUAUACAACAACACUAUUGCGUUAUAUAAGUAGGCCGAGCGACUGACCAAUGGGAGCGCUCCUCGACUGUCACGUGACGGCCCUUGGCAGUCUUUGGGCGAAGUGGACACGAAAGACAGCACGACGCGCUAGCUUCCUGUGCUAGCUACGGAAUUAACAGCAGAGCGACAACUUGGCUGUUUUGGAUGGUCGGUCGGUCUUUUUCUAACAUGAAUAACGAAAUUCAUAUAGGAUUGGGAAAUGAUCUGGACUUGACUGGGAGUCGAUUCGUGUGCGGAGGGCCAUAAAGCGGCGAGCUAGGCGUUAGCUCGAUGCUAGCUUGACGGUAGUUCGACAUUAGCUCCGGGUUAGCUAACUGGCUAGCGUCUUACAUAAACCAUUUCGCUCCGUUGCUAACAUUAAUAGACGUGAACUUUACUGCGCUAAUUAUAAAUUAUAUGUGGCCUUUUUAUUAGUUUAAUGGAUAACUUGAGUUAGCGCUGCGAUGGACACUAUUAAGCUUCUUAUUUGUUAAACCCGGAGGAUUUCACUUCCCAGCUGCACUGGCUGUGUAUUAAUGCAAAGUGAGCUCUAGAUAAAUACAAUAUAGUUUCUUUAAAACAUUUUUUUUCUGUCCUAAAAUUGUGCUUAAAGGGUAGAACAGCACGGAAAUUGAAGCGAUACGGAGAAAAGUUGAGUGGGAGGAGGAGGAGGUGGAGCGACCGCAACCAGCUAUAUUACAAAAUAGCUGUCCGGUGAUUCAAAAUGAAUCCGAAUCUGCUCCCAAUGGGCAGUAGUGGACCACAUUCCGGUGUUUGUUUUGGCCGCAGGGAACUUUACUUUAGAGUAUGAUUAUCAUCUUUUAUAGACCCUUUUUGAAUUUAUUAGCGGAUUAGAAACUUUAAGGAGGGCCAUGGAGGUCAGGUCGCAGCCAAGUGAGCACCUCGUCCACCCUCUCUCCAACCCGGUAGCCCCCGGGAUCUGCCCGGAGAUGCUUGAGGUAGCCGAGGAGGCCGCCCGGGCUGGGGACUUCAGCCUGGCGGCCGAGAUCUACAGCUCGCAGCUGUCCGACCUCCAGCAGCCGGACAGGGGCUUAUGCCUGAGGAAGGCGGACUCUCUGGUGCGCGCCGGGAGGAUCUCGGAGGCGUUGGACUCUUACUGUGCGGCGGCCAGUCUGGGCAAGUUGCGCCCGGAGGAGCUGCCGCUGCUGGUGGAGAGCACCGCCCGGGGCCUCCGCGAGAAGGAGCUGGGCUUACGAAGCAGCGGCAGAGACAAUGGGGAGGACUGCGACGGGGAGUGCACCGAGGACGAGGCUCUGGACUUGUUCUCCUGCGGCCUGUGUAGAUGUCUUCUCCACGAGCCCUCCACCGUGGAGUGCGGGCACACGUUCUGCAAACGCUGCCUGGAGAGCGACUCUGUCACGGACUGUGUGCACUGCAAACAGGCCCUGGUGAGGAAAGAGGGGCUGCCCAAUGGACGGAGACUCAACGUGGUCCUCAGCGGCCUGCUGGACAAGCUCUUCGCCACGGAGAGCAGGGCCCGGAAGCUGUGGCUCGAAGGGGAGGUUUUGUGGCACAACCAGAACCUGACCGAGGCCCUGCAGAAGUACGACGAGGCCGUGGAUUUGGCGCCCUCUUCAGGCAGACUGCUGUGCCAGCGGGCUGAGCUGCACCAGGAGAUGGAGAGCUCCAGUCAGGCUCUGCAGGACGCCAGCACCCUCUGCAUGAUAAAGCCUCUCUGGCCAAAGGCUCACUACCUCAAGGCCACAACGCUGAGCCAAGUGGGUCGCAAUGACGAGGCCUUGCAGGAGUACUUGUUGUGUGUGGCUCUCAAGCCGAACUGGACCAAAGUCAAAUUGGAAGCUCAGAAGGUCCUCAGCGAGCUCUUCUCCUCCGUGUUUGAGAAACAAGACUUGCCGACGCCAUUGCACCCUCUGCAAGGCGGCAUAGCCUCACGCCUCAUCAAGCCACCCGCACUGCUGAGGUCGCUCAGGCCCGUCACACAGAAGCCUGCUUCAUCCUCACAGGACUCUGAUUUGUGCAUGACAAAAAGCGCCUCGGCAGACGAGUCGUCUUCUAGGCUCUCUGCUGCCUCUCCUUGGAAAUCUGACUCCUGUGUGGUUGGAGAGACCAGCAGCAAAAGCCUGGCUGCUGCACUGGCCACAGUACCAGCACCCCCUACUGGUGUGAAGAGGAAGCAAAGUGAUGACGCAUCUCUGGCAGCCUUCUACCCACCCUCUAAACUGCUCAAACCUGGCGAGUCCAGCAACACAACGACAGCAGCAGGAAGUAGGAGUGUUCCAAUGGAGCUAUUGGACAGUGGUGACAUGGAGUGUUCUCUCUGCAUGAGGUUGUUUUACGAACCAGUGGCCACGCCCUGCGGACACACCUUCUGCCUGAAGUGUUUGGAACGUUGCCUCGACCACAACCCCAACUGCCCUCUCUGCAAGGAGAACCUAUCAGAGUAUUUGGCCACCAGAGGCUACAACAAGACGCUGCUGAUGGAGGAAGUGCUGCAGCGCUACCUCAGCAGCGAGCUGGCAGAAAGGAAGAAAAUCCACGAAGAGGAGAUGAAGGAGCUCUCCAACCUGAACCAGGAAGUGCCCAUCUUCGUCUGCACCAUGGCCUUCCCCACAGUCCCGUGUCCGCUGCACGUGUUCGAGCCUCGCUACCGCCUCAUGAUCCGCCGCUCCAUGGAGACGGGCACCAAGCAGUUUGGCAUGUGCAUAGCGGACGAGCUCAAAGGCUUCGCCGACUACGGCUGCAUGCUGCAGGUGCAAGAUGUUAAAUUCUUCCCUGACGGCCGCUCGGUGGUGGAGACGGUCGGGGUGUCUCGCUUCAAAGUCUUAAGUCACGGCCAAAGAGACGGCUACCAUACUGCCAAAAUAGAAUACCUGGAGGACAAAAAGGUGGAAGGGGAAGAGCUUGCUGAGCUGCUGAAACUUCAUGACGCCGUGUACGAGCAGGCCAACAACUGGUUCACGUCGCUCAAAGACAACAUGAAGAGUCAGAUCCUCAGCCACUUCGGACACCUUCCCAGCAAAGACCCAGACCCUCAGGCAAGUCCCAGCGGGCCGGCCUGGUGCUGGUGGCUGCUGGCCGUCCUUCCGCUGGAGAACCGGGCCCAACUCACCAUCCUAUCCAUGACCACCCUGAAGAGCCGCCUCAUCGCCAUCCGCAAGGUCCUCAUCUUUGUCACGCGCAAGAAACCGCGAUGAGGCACCAACUGGACACCGCCAGGCGUUUGUGCACAUCCAUGCAGUCACUUUUUUUUUUUUUUGUUUGUAUUGAACUGCUGCUUCCUGUGUUCGUCUCUUCAUUUGACUCUGCUUUUGCUCUCUCUGCCUGGUCACAUGACUAACGGCAGCAGCGUCGUACUCUACUGUACAGAUUCACACACCUUUACAAACGGGAAGCAAAAAAAACGAAUGUACCGUCAGGCUGCCCGUUUUGGCGAGGAGGUCACAUCGUCGUCUUGAGGCGACAAAUCUUCCUGGCGUCUCUGCUGAUAACAUGUGCCGCCUCUUCUUGUAGCAUAUCCUAGCAUCCAUUAUACGCUUUUUUUCUUCUUCUUGUUGUUAUGCCGCCAAACUCUUAAGAUUUUCACAGCGCACUUUUAUCUGCUGUCCUUUUCCUUAGGAACUGGAGUGAUGUUUUGAUUGGACAGUGACCAAUCACCCUUGGUGUUGACUAACAUGACGCAACUUUGGUUUGAUGCUUGAAUGUGACCUCAGUUUUGGAGCUUGGUUGUGUAUAUUCAUGUAACAUGGAGGCCUUGUUUAUGUUCACUUUCUAAGUACAUUUACAAAUACACCCGGAGGCCCGACGCUUCCUUCAUUGUAGACUUCCUGAAUGUGUUCCCACUGUCGAAGCAUCUGUAGCAGCUUCUUGUGGACAAUAAAAGAACCGCUCUUAGCGCCAAUUGGUUAGAUGAGAAUGCUGAUAAUAAUGCUAAUUUAAAGGCCCCCGUCUGUGAGUGCAUUGCAAUCGGUGCAGAAUGUUCUGAUGAGAAACCCACUUAAAUAUCCUUGAAUGGGACUUAAACUGGCCUAAAAUAGUCUCCAGGGUCUAGUCAGACCUGGAACUUUCCCCAGAAUUCGGACCAUGGGUUGCUAAGGUGUGUGAUGUAAAUGUACCAUAAGCUCACUAAUUCUGACCUUCCAAAUGUUGGUGACCUCCGUUCACGACAUGCUGUAUUUACCAUGGAAUAUUUGUAAAGGGAAAUCUUGUAUCUAUUUUUUAUUGCCAAUAGAAACAACCAAAUCAUGUC